UCUCUAUCAGCUGAGGAAAUUAUUAAUACCCUUUACUUCUUGGCACAAUAAUUAGUUUAUUGACUUUGAAAAGCUUGCCACUUGAAAAUUUUUCUUUCUAGCUUUUCAAGAAUCAAUAUUGUUAAAAGAAAAGAGAGAGAAAGCUUUUUGCUGUUUUUCUAGAGAGAGAGAUUGAUGGCCGGAGGUGGUGGAGGAGGAAAGGCUGAGGAGCCACAACCACACCCACCAAAAGAGCAGCUGCCCAAUAUUUCUUAUUGCAUUACUAGCCCUCCUCCAUGGCCUGAGGCUAUCUUGCUUGGUUUCCAGCACUAUCUCGUGAUGCUCGGGACUAUUGUUAUUAUUCCCACUGCUCUCGUUCCUCAAAUGGGAGGUGGAAAUAAAGAGAAGGCUCAAGUAAUCCAGACAUUGCUUUUUGUUGCUGGUGUGAACACAUUGCUCCAAAGCUUGUUUGGAACUCGAUUGCCUGCUGUUAUUGGAGCCUCUUAUACCUUUGUCCCAACUACAAUUUCCAUCAUCCUUGCUGGUCGAUUUAGUGAUACUACUGAUAACCCUGAGGAGCGAUUUAAGAGGAUAAUGCGUGCAAUUCAAGGUUCGCUUAUUGUUGCUUCAACUCUUCAGAUCGUUCUUGGCUUCAGUGGCCUUUGGCGUAAUGUUACCAGGUUUUUGAGUCCACUUUCAGCUGUUCCUUUGGUAUCUCUUGUUGGUUUCGGGCUUUAUGAGCUUGGUUUUCCAGGGGUUGCCAAAUGUGUGGAGAUUGGGCUGCCAGAGCUUAUCAUUUUAGUUUUUGUAUCACAGUAUAUGCCCCAUGUGAUAAAGUCUGGAAAAAAUGUCUUUGAUCGUUUUGCUGUCAUAUUCUCAGUGGUUAUUGUGUGGAUUUAUGCUCACCUUCUUACUGUGGGUGGGGCUUACAAUGGUGCAGCACCAAGGACACAAAUUACCUGCCGAACUGACCGUGCAGGGCUUAUAGAUGCUGCACCAUGGAUAAGAGUCCCUUAUCCAUUUCAAUGGGGAGCGCCUUCGUUUGAUGCUGGUGAAGCCUUUGCCAUGAUGAUGGCUUCCUUUGUUGCUCUUAUUGAGUCCACUGGUGCAUUUAUUUCAGUGUCAAGGUAUGCAAGUGCAACUCCAAUGCCCCCUUCUGUUCUUAGCCGCGGUGUUGGCUGGCAGGGAGUUGGCAUUUUGCUUUCUGGGCUGUUUGGAACAGUGAAUGCAUCCUCAGUUUCUGUAGAGAAUGCUGGUCUUUUGGCCUUGACACGAGUUGGUAGCAGACGAGUUGUGCAGAUAUCUGCUGGAUUCAUGAUUUUCUUCUCCAUUCUCGGUAAAUUUGGGGCGGUCUUUGCUUCUAUUCCAGCACCAAUUAUAGCUGCUUUAUAUUGCCUUUUCUUUGCUUAUGUUGGUGUUGGAGGUCUUAGCUUUCUUCAAUUCUGCAACCUCAACAGCUUCCGCACAAAGUUCAUUUUAGGCUUCUCACUUUUCUUGGGAUUGUCUAUUCCACAGUACUUCAAUGAGUACACUGCAAUCAACGGUUUUGGUCCUGUCCACACCGGAGCAAGAUGGUUCAACGACAUGGUGAAUGUUCCUUUCUCAUCAGAAGCACUUGUUGCCGGAUGUGUAGCUUAUUUCUUGGACAACACACUUCAUAAGAAAGACAGUUCAAUCCGAAAAGACAGAGGUAAGCAUUGGUGGGAUAAAUUCAAGUCAUUCAAGGGCGAUACGAGAAGUGAAGAAUUUUAUUCCCUACCCUUCAAUCUAAACAAAUAUUUCCCAUCUGUGUGAUUGAUUAAAAACAUUGCUAAAUUAUGAUUUUGUCUUGUCAAAAUUAUGUGUUCUUCAUCUUCACAAUAGCUCUGCAGGAUCACAUUACAAUGUAAUGCUAUUAUUUCUUCUUUGUGAAUCUUAUAUCACACGCUAUAUAUAGGAAUAGUUCUCUGAUUUGUUUUUGUUGUUGUAAAUCCAACUGUGACUUGAGCUUGAAGCAGCAAUGCAUUUUUAUUACCUCUCUUUUCUGCUCAA